CACCACAGCUGACUACAGCCAACUUAGACGACCAAAGAUGGGCUGGGACGGAGGCUAUGAGCCAAAUGGCACAGAGGGAAAAAACUUCUACAUCCCCUUUUCCAACAGGACAGGGGUUGUCAGGAGUCCUUUUGAAGCUCCUCAGUAUUAUAUGGUUGACCCCAUGAUCUACAAGCUGCUGGCAUUCUACAUGUUCUUCCUCAUCUGCACUGGCACCCCCAUCAACGGCCUGACUCUGCUGGUAACCUUCCAGAACAAGAAACUGCGACAGCCCCUGAACUUCAUCCUAGUCAACCUGGCUGUGGCUGGUCUCAUCAUGUGCGCUUUCGGCUUCACCAUCACCAUCACCUCUGCGAUGAACGGCUACUUCAUCAUGGGACCUACUCUCUGCGCUGUGGAGGGUUUCAUGGCCACACUAGGAGGUGAAGUGGCUCUCUGGUCUCUGGUCGUGCUGGCUGUGGAGAGGUACAUCGUUGUCUGCAAACCCAUGGGAAGCUUCAAGUUUAGCGGAACCCACGCUGCUGUUGGAGUCGCCUUCACCUGGAUCAUGGCUCUGGCUUGUGCUGCUCCUCCUCUCUUUGGAUGGUCCAGAUACCUCCCUGAGGGCAUGCAGUGCUCAUGUGGACCUGACUACUACACUCUGGCCCCAGGCUUCAACAAUGAAUCCUACGUCAUUUACAUGUUUGUGGUGCACUUCUUCAUCCCCGUCUUCCUCAUCUUCUUCACUUAUGGCAGCCUUGUGCUCACUGUGAAAGCUGCUGCAGCCCAGCAGCAGGACUCAGCCUCCACUCAGAAAGCAGAGAAAGAGGUGACCCGCAUGUGCUUCCUGAUGGUCAUGGGCUUCCUGGUAGCCUGGACUCCGUAUGCCACCUUUGCUGGAUGGAUCUUCAUGAACAAGGGAGCUGCAUUCACUGCUUUGACUGCUGCUCUCCCUGCCUUCUUUGCCAAGAGCUCAGCCCUGUACAACCCUGUUAUCUAUGUGCUCAUGAACAAACAGUUCCGUAAUUGCAUGCUCAGUGCAGUUGGUAUGGGAGGCAUGGUUGAUGAUGAGACCUCAGUGUCUGCAAGCAAGACAGAAGUGUCCUCUGUCUCUUAAAUAUCUUUAUAACAUCAAACCUCUGGACAUUUUUAACAAUGGCUUCCAGACUGUCAAAGAUCCCAGAAGAAAGUCUGUUGCCAAAUGGAAAGGGAUUCGGGGAUUGGAGAGGGAACAACACAAUGAACUCUUCGUCUGUUACCUGUGUAAAUGUAAAUACUGGCCUGUGUACAUGUGCAGUGUAAAUGAGACAAAGUAUGUGUGAAUGAGCCACGACUCAAUGUGCAGCUUUGGUGACGACACACAAACUCUACAGUCACACUGUGGAAGUGUCAUCCCCAGAGCUGUGUGCAUGUACUUGUGUGGAGCGCAUGUGUCCUGCUGGGCUUCCAGUGUAAUUUUUAUGUACAUUCAAUGAAAAAAAUGAAAAAAAUAUUAGGGUCAAUAGAUA